CAGCACACGCAGUGGAGUGGUCCUUCAGGCGUCCCCGUUGCGUAGGAACGAAACCCCGUCGGAGACUCGAAGCUUCAUCUCCAAACUUUGACUUCCUGGAUUCACAGACGAGCGGAGGACGCGGUACAAACUGCUCUCGGGUUAUAAAAGAGUCGCACAUAUAAAAUACUCGGAGAUAUUCACAUCAUGUCUCUUUGUUAACGACAGAUUCCAGUUAGCGGUGCUUAGCUAACUGUUAGCCUCCUCCAGCGGCUCUGUGGCGGAAACAGUCCAGCGCCGAAGAGACACUUUGAAAAAAAAAAGACAAAUGUGACCAGUGGACUUCUCUGUAAUGUCCUCACUUUUCUGCUGGAGUCACGUUUUGUAGAUGUAACAACCCACGAACCGGUGAGAUGACCGAUUUCAAACCGACGCUCAGCUCAGCUAACCGGGGACAGACCAGCUAACGCGCCCCGUCGUGGAGGACGCGGCUCAGGAGACUAAGACAGACAGAGAAGCUCCUGUUGAUCCAGUGGUUACAGUGGGAGCUGUGGUACAGGAGGAACAUGGCCGGGGACGCGGACAGUCUCCCGGAACUGGACCAGAAGAAAUACGAUGCGGACGAGCAGGUGAAGAUCAUCUGUCUGGGGGACAGCGCGGUGGGGAAAUCCAAGCUGAUGGAGAGGUUUCUCUUGGAUGAAUAUCGUCCCCAGCAGCUGUCAACCUACGCUCUGACUCUCUACAAACACACAGCCACUGUAGGAAACAAGACAGUAGCAGUGGAUUUCUGGGACACAGCUGGUCAGGAGAGGUUCCAGAGCAUGCAUCCCUCUUACUACCACAAAGCACACGCAUGCAUCAUGGUUUUUGACGUUCAACGGAAGAUCACAUACAAGAACUUGACCAACUGGUACAAGGAGCUGAGAGAGUACAGACCGGAGAUACCCUGCUGUGUGGUCGCCAACAAAAUCGACGCUGAUUUGAAGGUGACACAGAGAAGCUUCAGCUUCGGGAAGAAGCAAGGACUCCCGUUCUACUUUGUGUCCGCGGCCGACGGGACGAACGUAGUUAAGAUGUUCAGAGAGACGAUCAAGAGAGCGGUGGAAUACAAGCAAAACCCCAGCGACUUCAUGGAUGAAGUGAUGCAAGAGUUAGAGAACUUUGACCUGGAGAAGAAGGAAGAGAAUUCAGAAGCCGAUGAAGAUGGAUUAAAAGCCGAGAGUCCUGAGCUGGUCUGACAGAUUUUAGCUCUUUACAAUUCCUCUCGUCAUCUCUUGGAUUAUUUCUCCUCCUCUGGAGUCGAUGCUGCAAAUAGACCAUGAUUUUAGUGAAAAUGUCCGAGAGCUGUGAUUCUCUGUGACGCUCUUGACGUAAUUUUGGUGGUCUGCUUUAAUCACUAUUGAAUUGUUGCUACUACUGGAGCGUGGCUGACAUCGGGUUCGAAGUCACCGUCCUCCAUCUGUCCACUGACAGGAAACACACCUGGUGGAAUGAUCAGGAUUUGUUGAGCAGGUUCCUUUAGCCUCCAUUUCUAACAUCGUCACUUUUAAACAAUAUCUACUUUUGUAACAGGUGAAAAUCCCUUAGUGAAGCUUAAUGUUUGUUUCAGCGUGAAAACCAAUUACUUUGUGUCGUGUAAUGUGAAUGUGAAGCAUCGAAAAACCAACUUGCAAAGAGAACGUGUGAUUAUGAAUUUGCUGCUGUUCUCCGUGUUUGUCUGUAGUGUUGUGAGCAGUGUCAGCAGGGAGCCGUGUCUGUUGCUUUCAUUCUAUUAUGUAAAGUCUGUUUUUCAGUGUCCUUCAAAUGUUUUUAAUCGUAUCAUAGAAACAUAUGAUCCCGGUUCUAUUUCCAAGAGCACGUUGUAGAUGCAACUGUCAAGUCAUUCGAUGUGAAAGCAGACUGUUUAUAAAGAUGGACGACAUUACGGCUCCACAGAAGUGAAGCCUGAGCUUACCGAUCCCCCCCCCCCUGGUGGCUGGCUGUUGUAUAAGUCAUAAAUUCUGCCUCCUCCGUGUUAGGGAAUGGGACAUGGAGCAAACUAAAAGUCAAAACAUUUUUCUCAAGCUGGUUUCUGUCAUUUUAGGUCUUAACUUGACUUAAAAAAAGGAUGAAAUGUGAUGAUCGACUGCUGAGACUUUCUCACAAUUGGUAGAGAAUGUCUUUUGGCAGAGUGGGGGGGGGGGAGUGAACACGCUUCAUCCAUCUUUAUAGAUAGAAUGUGUACGAGUGGACAUCAACUGAAUCGUACUCUUACAAAAGUCGCAGCCUUGUGUAAUGUUGAGUCUUUUGUGAUGAGUUUGAGGUGUUUGCACAUUCAUCCAUAUUAACAGGAACGUUGCUAUGACGAUGUUUUAAACCUGUUUUCUGGCAGAAUAAUCUGUGAAGGGUGAAACACACGAUUCCAUUAUUUCUACAUGUUUACGUAUACGCAGAAACCCUGGAUGUAUAUUUUCUGUUUGUAUUUGACUGUAUUGUGUGAAAUUUACAAUAAAUCACACUGGAACAUU